AUGAAACGAAAAAAUAAAGAUAAAAAACAAAAAGGCUUGCUGACGGCAAUUCAGAAGAAAGAGAUAUGUCUUGUGUUAAUUCAGAAACCACGACCUAAACAAAAUAACUUGGCGGAGCAGUAUGGAUCAUACUUAAAAUCUGGUGAAGGGGACAGUGCUCCUCAAGAAAGUCUUAAAGAAGAACGUGCAAAGUUGUAUGACAUAAUAAGUAAUUAUGAUUACCAAGACAUAUUCAAUUGCGACGAAACUGCAUUACAUUGGCAAUUGGAACCUGAUCGAAGUUUGGCAACAAAACCAUUAAAAGAUACCAAGAAGUCUAAAAAUUGUGUGACAAUUCUGUUGACGUGUAAUGCAUUAGGAACCGAGAAACUUCUUCCAUUAAUUGAUGCAUAUGAACGAUCUACCGAACUUCAAACAACCAUUACGCCGGUUAACAUUUUGGAUGCAAUUAAUUUUUGUGUCAAAGCAUGGAAAUUAGUUAAGGAAGAUACAAUUAAAAAUUGUUGGCGUAAAACUGGUAUUCUAUCAGAUUCAAGGGAACUGUCAACAGAAAUUGAAUCAGAUUCAGAUGAACUGUCAGCAGAAAUCAAAUCAGAUAUUGAGAAUGUUCAACGAUUAAUUGAUAAACUAGACUUUAAAGAACCAAUGAUGGCAGAAGAAUAUAUUAACAUUGAUGAUAAUGUAAUGACUGAAGGCGGUCUAACAGAUGAAGAAAUUGUGGAAAUG